AUGGGCGGCUGCAGCAUCCUCCUCCGCCGGCUCCGCGCCCGCACCUGCGGCCGCGCCGCCGCCGCGUCCUCGCUGAGCGCCCUGCGGCCGGCGGAGACGCUGCCCGGGCCGCCCAGCUGGCCGCUGAUGGGCAGCCUGCCCGACGUGCUCUGGAAGGGGGGGCUCAAGAGGCAGCACGAGACGCUGGCUCAGUACCACCGGAGGUUCGGGAAGAUCUUUCGCAUGAAGCUGGGCGCGUUCGACUCGGUGCACAUCGCGGCGCCGUGCCUGCUGGAGGCUCUGUACCGCCGCGAGGGCGCCUGCCCGCAGCGCCUCGAGAUCAAGCCCUGGAAAGCCUAUCGCGACUACCGCGACGAGGGCUACGGGCUGCUCAUCUUGGAAGGAAAGGACUGGCAGAGGGUAAGAAGUGCCUUCCAGAAGAAAUUAAUGAAGCCCGGGGAAGUUGUGAAACUGGAUGCGGCGAUCAAUGAGGUCCUGGAGGACUUUAUGUACAGAAUAGAUGAAAUUUGUGACCACAAUGGACAGAUGGAAGACAUCUACUCAGAAUUCAACAAAUGGUCAUUUGAAAGUAUCUGUCUGGUGCUGUACAGAAAGAGGUUUGGCCUCCUGCAGCAGGACGUAGAAGAGGAAAGUCUGAACUUCAUCAAGGCUGUAAAAACGAUGAUGGGCACUUUUGGAAUGAUGAUGGUGACCCCCGUGGAGCUGCACAAGAGGCUGAACACCAAAGUCUGGCAAGCUCACACUAAAGCCUGGGAUGACAUAUUUAAAACAGCCAAGCACUCCAUCGACUGCCGGCUGCAGAAGCACUCUGCCAGCCCCCAGGAGGAUUUGCUGUGUGACAUCUACUCGGGGGGACAGCUCUCCAAGAAGGAGCUCUACGCUGCCAUCGCAGAGCUGCAGAUCGCCGGGGUGGAGACGACAGCCAACAGUUUGCUGUGGGCUCUGUACAACAUUUCCCGCAAUCCACACGUCCAGCAGAAACUUUUCCAGGAAAUCCAGAGAGUUCUGGCUGCUCAGAAGAGCCCAAGUGCUGAGAGCCUGAGGAAUAUGCCUUACUUAAAAGCCUGUCUGAAAGAAUCCAUGAGAUUGACUCCAUCAGUGCCUUUCACCUCUCGCACCAUUGACACAGAAAUGGUUCUGGGAAAUUAUGUGCUGCCCAAAGGGACGGUGCUGAUGAUAAACAGCCAUGCCCUGGGCUGCAGCGAGGACUAUUUCAGGGGCUGGGCUGAGUUCAGGCCCGAGCGCUGGCUCCAGAGGGGCUCCAUCCACCCCUUCUCCCACGUCCCCUUCGGCAUCGGGAAGAGGAUGUGCAUCGGGCGCCGCGUGGCAGAGCUGCAGCUGCACCUGGCCCUCUGCUGGCUGAUCCGUAAAUACCAGAUUGUGGCCACGGACCACGAGCCGGUGGAGACGCUGCACUCGGGAAUCCUCAUCCCCAGCCGGGCGCUGCCCAUCGCCUUCCGCCACCGAUGAGGUUGCAAAAAGUAAAGGAGAGCCCUGCUGCUGCUUCCUCUUAAAAGAGAGAACCAUGAACUGGAGAAGUCAAAGCUGUGGAGGCUCCAGUAACCAGGGAAGGAUUGCACAACUGCUGAGCCAGGAAUAGCACCAGGAAAAGCUCCCAGAGUGUUUUAUUGGGAAAAUGUGCUUAAAAGGAAAGAAAAAUGUCAAAUGCUUUCAUAGACCUGUGGAAAUCCAGGGAUUUAGUGCAGCUGAGGGAUUUACAGGAUGAGGAGCCCUGGAGGGUUAUGGAUGGGAGGUUGUUUAACAGCCCAGUUCGGGGAGAGCUGCCUCCAGUUUGGGACCAGUCACAGCUGAACUGGCCUUGGCAGCUUGGAGUGGGAGAGCUUGGGAAAUCAGCUUGAGGGAAAGGAAACUGCCUCAGUUCUUAUCAAAUUACCAGUGCCAUGAGAAGGGAGUUUGGAGUCUGGAAAAAGGCUAAAACUAGGCUGGGAAAUUGGGAUAAUUAAAGAAAUGGAUUUCCUUGGCAUUCUUCACUGCCUGGGAGGAGGGAAAUAAGGACAAAUGCGCAUGGCAGGAUUUAUUGCUUUGGUUUGAACAGUUGCAGUCCUGUGCCUGGCACACCCUCUGCUCUUCCCCAUGGAUUUCCAUCCCUCCAGCUCCUGCACAAGCCAGUUUAUCCCACUUCUAUUGUAAAAACUCAGUGGCCUUCCACUGCAUGAAAAGGCCUGAUCCGGAAAUGGAACCACUGGAAUCCUAUGGGUUCUGCCACUGGAAAUGAUGAUUAUCCUAACAGGAUAGUUACAUUACAUUAGUAACAUAAAAUUAUGCUUCAAAGCACAAUUUCACAGGAGAUAAGGACCUUAAACACGUCAAAGGGGUCUGUUUCUAGUGGUAAAGGUUAAAAUUGUCACUUCCCAAUGCAAUGCUGGGUUUUGGCUGUUUGCUCACUAGUUUUACACUUUUGCAGUUUCAAGUGCAGAUUUAGAUCUCUAUAACCCUGAAUUUAUUUUUUUACAUGCUGAACUGAUGCAAGUUCUUACUAUUUGUUGGUCUGUCUCUUGUUUUUCAUUUGUUUGUUCUCCUCUGUUAUGCUCACACAAGUAAAUGUACCCCCAUUACAAUGUAUAAAGCAAUUUGUGCAUUAUCUGAGUAUUUCUAGGCAGUUUUGUAAGAAAAUAAAGAGUUUUAUUUUUAUCUCUAGAA